AUGAAUAAGCCAAAAACCAAGCAAUCACCUCACUCUUUUCCUCAUUAUGGAGAGAUUUAUUUAGUUUACUUCAAUCCUAAAAAAGGUAAAGAAGUCGGCAAAAUUCGUCCUGUCUUAGUAAUCAGCAAUGAUAUUCAAAAUGAAUACGACCACCAUAUUAUCGUAGCACCUAUAUCUGAUGAGGACUGGGAAAAUUUGGCUGAAAUUCAGCACUUUGAAGUUUUGAUAAAGGCUAAUGCUACUAAUGGUUUGAAAAAAGACAGUAAGAUUUUACUUAAUCGUUUACGGGCGAUUGAUGUCAAACUCCGUUUACGAGAUUAUGUUGGAGUAGCAAGCAAGGGGAUAUUGGAACAAGUGAAUAAGGGUGAUAAACUAGGAGUUGAUAAAAGUAAUUUUGUCGAACACCAAGCCCCCCAACAACUUAACCCCGAUGGAACUUAUAACGGAGAUGAUUGUGGAGUGUAUGUAAUCGCUAUUACGGAAUUUCUGAUAAAUGAUAAAGAAGCCCAAGAAAUAAAAAAGAAUGUUCCUCUAUUUCGGAAAAUGCUGGAAGAAGGAAAAGAUUAUUUUGCUGAUUUAGCCACCGAAACUACUUCAAAAAGAGAUAAUGAAUUAGACCAAAUUCGAGGUAUUAUUGCCUCGGUUCAAACUAUUUUUGACAAAAGCAAAGCAACAAAAGAAGAAGUGGAACAAGCCAUUAGUAGUUUAAGAACCUUAUCUACGGCAGCCAGUGGUUUAACAGAAAAAUUAAAUAAACAAAACAUUGCUAAUCCGCCAAACUCCAACAACACAAUUCCUCAAACUGAAACUAAACCGGAGGGAGAAAAAGAAAAACCUAAUUCUGGCAAGGAUAAUAUUAACUCUGAUGAAACUUCUAACGAUAAUAAUAACAAACCUAAACCAACUCCCUCAUCCGACCAACCACUUGAAGAUAAAGUUCAGCAGGAUAUUCAACAAGAGAAAGGAGAAAUAAAAAACAGUUUAAAAAAUGAUAUUAAACAAGCCAAAAAUGGCACGGAUGAAGAUAAAUUUAAUGCUAUCAAAAAUUCAGGAAAAGUUUUGGGAGAAAAAGGUUUUGAAGAGGAAAAAUCUGAACUUGCUACGAUUGAAGAAGAAUUAGCCAUAAAUAACCCUUCUAAAUACCUUGAAGCCAUUUUGGCUAAAAUUGAAGAAAACUUAAAAAAGAACAAGUUAACAAUUGAAGAAUUAGACAAUGAAAUUCAAGCGGAUUAUCAAAAUAUUAAAGAUAAUAAAGAUAUCGCAAACAAAGUUAAUGAGAAUAUUAGCAAAAAGGGAGCUAAGAAAAGAUUUGAAAAAAUAAAAGCAGAGGUAAGUAAAGUAGCCAAAAUUAGCAAAGCAAAAGUUAAAAAAAUGAAAGAGAAAUUGUUAAAGUUUAUUCACAGUUCUAAUAAAUACGAACAAGAAUAUAAAAAACAAGCCCAAAACCUAUUGGUUCAGUUAGAGAAAGUUAGUCAAAGUCAGCAGCCCAAGUCAGCCGAAAUAAAACGGGUUAAUAAGUCUGACCUCAAAGCCUUUUUAACUCAAGAUCACACUUCCUUUACAGUUUUAUCAGUCUCUUGUAAACAUAUUGAAUCGACUGACCGAAUUAGCAUUACCUUAUCUAAAAACUCGGCUCAAUCCUUUUAUUUAGAUCAGGCUAAAAAAACUAAACCAGUUGAGUUAGCAACUCCUAAAACUAAACCUGAUGACUGUCUCCAAGAUGCUCAAAACUCCACUAAUUUUGACCCGCAAGCCGAACCCUUAAAGGUCAAAAUCGAAAAAGUCCCUUCCACCAUAAAAAUUUCACCUCCUGCUGAAAUUGUCGAGCCUAUAUUUCCCAAUUAUGACCUUAUGGUCGAGUCGAAACAUGGUCUCAAAGACAAAAAAAGAACUUAUCGUUUUUAUCUCAAUUUAUACGAAUACGAGUCAAAACCCGCUUUACUAAUUGCUAAGCACAAACUAGACGCGGCAACUGGUCAACCCUUAGCCAAAAAUCAAAAAAUUUUCCGCCAAUUCAAUUAUCAAACUCAGCAAACUACCUAUUUUUACCGCACUAAUGAGCAAUUAGUCGGUCAAGUUGCUAAUCCCCUGCUCAUUAAAAAAAAUUAUCGCCUCGGCACUCGCUCCUUAAACCCACUAAAUUUACUAACUUUAGCCACUAAACAUGCUAAAAAAGAACUUUACCAAUUUAAAAAGCCUAAAAAACCGGCGGUUCAGCAUGAUUUUCAAGAAUUCUUAAUUACUCGUUUACUCUUACUCUGUGCUAAAGCCGAAUUCUGCCAUCUCCCGCUCGAACAAGAAAGAGUCAGUAAAGAACAGGGCACUUGCGACCAACUUCCUUAUACCCAUUUUCAAACUAAACCGGUUUUGCGGUUCACUUUUUUACCCGCCCAAGCCUCUAUCAUUAGAACCUUUAUCGCUAAUUUAGACACUUACGCCUCUGAAUUUGACCUCGAAGAAUCUAAAGACUUUAACGCUUAUCCCAUCAUCCACAAUCCUAAACAUGAAACUAUUAAGUCCUUAAAUGGACUUUGUGACCUAACUGAGAUUGAAGUUUACACUCGAGAAGUAUCCGAAGGUUAUAAACAAAAAGAAUUAGUUUUUAGAUACUUAACCAAAGGCUCUCUAUUAGAAAAAAACUUUAAAGAAGGCAGCAUGCAAAAGCAUUUAAAAAAAAAUCAAGGUUUUGGUAAAGUUCCAAAAGCAUUCCAAACUCCUUGUCCACUCUCACCUCAGCAAACAGUUAGAAACAAUCACCACCAGUCUGAAGGUAACACCGAAGACUUCGCCAGCAGUAAAUGGAAUGUCUGUUGGAAUCAUUUGAGCCAAGUAAGAGCGAAAACCGUUUCGCGUUCUCUGCUUCCCUUAGCCCUUGCUUGGUGCUCCCCGCCUAGACUG